GCCUUAUUGGGCUUAGCGCGCUAAUUUUUUUCUAGGUAUUGCACUACCUCCGGCUGACGCGACUUCUUUCAUUCUUUUUCAUUGAGUCUUCCAGUGUUUACUGGAUGCUCGAGGAAGAAGUCUUUCUCUCUCACUCUUCCGUCGCUUUCGGGUGUUGUCUUUCUGCUUUGGCUGUUGUGUUACUGACUCUCUAUGAUGUCAGGGUAAACAAAGUACUCACCGGGGACAACAUGCCACCGGAGGGAAGUGCGAACAUCGGCUCUGCCUCUUGCCUGCUCUACACGCCGCCGUCGCUGGCACGCAGCGCCUUCCUCACACUCUGCGCUACUUCCCCAGUCAGCCGGCUUUGUCGCCCUAUUCACCACUUCGAUGAGAGCCAAGUCCCUAUUUGGCGCUGAACGUCCAUACUCGGACCGAGAUGAGCCUCUUUGAACCACUUCAGGCCGCUUCAAACUAGGCUAGCAUGGCUUCGCACAACGAGAUGAAGUGAUGCGGCGGUGUCACAUUCAUAGUCAUACAAUGUACAUUCAUGGUCAUG